UUAGAUCGAGCUUUCUUCAUCCUCCGAAUCGGCCGAGUCCAGGUAGACACGCGGCACCCCUGCCAGGUUCUGUAUCGAAUGGCGAGCAGAUAGAACACGGCCCGCUUCCGAUUCCAGAUUAGCAGCCGUUUCGAAUCAAGAUCGAGCGAGUGCUUUUCGUGUUGGAGCAGAGUAAGUUGUUGCUGGAUCGUUUUCAAGUGAUUUUCUAGCUUUUUGUUCGCUUUAGCCAAAUCAUCUUUCUGCCUUUGCUCGGCGAGAUACUUCUCCUCAAACUUCUCCAUGUCCUCUUGUAAUCGAUUUCUAUGAGUUUCUGCCCUGUCGUAUUUUUCCUGUAAGGUGUGUAGCCGAUCCGUCAGCUCGAUAUUCUCCAUUUCCUGAGCUUUUCUUUGAUCCAACAGUUUCUGAUUUUCCGCGCGGUGAGAUUUCAGUUCAGCCGUAAGGGCAUUGUUGAGCUGCUUCGCACGGGCCGCCUCGGCCUCAGCUUCCAUUUGCAUUCGCUUUUCCUUUUCUGCCCAUUCCUUCUGCUCCUUCGCUUUUUCCUUCUCCAAUUCUUUUGCCCUUCGAGCCUCCUCUUCAAACUUCUCUGUUUCGGCUUUCAGUGAUUUGUAGAGCUCUUCAAUUUCUUGAUUGCGCUUUUCCAUCAGCAUACGCUCGCGAUCCAGUGCUGCUCGACUCUCCUCGUAUUGCUCGGUUUUCACGCGCAAUUCCUCUUCAAAUCGUUUCCGCUCGACUUCUCCAUUCUUUGAGCUUUCCUCGAGUUCCUUGACUUUCCUUUCUAGAGCCUCCACUUCUGCGUUUGACUUCAUUCCUUUGAGCAUAGGUCUCAAACGGAUAAACAGCCGAUACCACGGCCACAAUCUCAAUGUAGUCCACUGUCGCACGUUCCUUUGAAUUAAUCCGUAGGCUUCUUGUUGUUGCAGUAAUUGUUGGUAGUGACACUGUGCCAAAUAGCAACGAACAGCGCACUGGAGCUUUACGAUCAUCUUAGCGAGAGCAGCAUCUCGUAGCUCUUCCAUUUUGGCGACUGUACCUGCACGGAAGAACACAAAGAAAGAAAUUUGUAUGCAUUUAGCAGCUAGUGGAGAAAAGGGAGUCUAUUACUUUUACUUAGGAAAUAAUUUACCUUAG